AUGGCACAAAUUCAUCUUCAUGGCACUCUUCAUGCUACCAUCUAUGAGGUUGAUAAGCUUAAGGCUGGUCCCGGUGGAAAUUUUUUGAGCAUGAUCAGGCAAAACAUUGAGGAGACUGUUGGUAUUGGAAAGGGAGUUACUCAACUCUAUGCUACUAUUGAUUUGGAGAAGGCGAGAGUGGGAAGGACUAGAAUUAUCGAAAACGAACAUACUAAUCCUAAAUGGUAUGAGUCCUUUCACAUUUACUGUGCUCAUUUGGCUUCCAAUAUCAUAUUCACCGUGAAAGAUGAUAAUCCUAUUGGAGCGACCUUAAUUGGAAGAGCAUAUGUGCCUGUCGAGGAGGUAUUGGAUGGCGAGGAAAUAGAUAGGUGGCUGGAAAUUUUGGAUAAGGAAAAAAAUCCGAUACCUGAGGGUUCGAAGAUUCAUGUGAAGCUGCAAUAUUUUGAUGUCACGAAAGACCGUAGCUGGGCUCGAGGCAUUCAUAGUACUAAAUUUCCUGGAGUUCCUUAUACUUUCUUCUCGCAGAGGCAAGGAUGUAAGGUAUCUCUUUACCAAGAUGCUCAUGUGCCAGAUAAUUUCGUCCCUAAAAUAUCACUUUCGGGUGGUAAAAAAUAUGAGCCUCAUAGGUGUUGGGAGGAUAUCUUUGAUGCAAUCACUAAUGCGAAACACUUGAUAUAUAUUACUGGUUGGUCUGUUUAUACUGAAAUUUCGUUGGUGAGGGAUUCUAGGAGACCAAAGGCUGGGGGAGACGUAACGCUCGGUGAGCUUCUCAAGAAAAAAGCGAGUGAAGGUGUUAGGGUUUUGAUGCUUGUUUGGGAUGAUAGAACGUCGGUUAAUUUGUUAAAAAAGGAUGGAUUGAUGGCUACUCAUGAUGAAGAAACCGCACAGUUCUUCGAAGGCACUGAUGUUAAUUGUGUCCUAUGCCCCCGCAAUCCUGAUGAUGGUGGUAGCAUUGUUCAAGAUUUACAAAUUUCCACCAUGUUUACUCAUCAUCAGAAGAUUGUGGUGGUUGACAGUGAAUUACCUGGUUCAGGGUCGGAUAAGCGAAGAAUUGUUAGUUUUGUUGGGGGUAUUGACCUUUGUGAUGGAAGAUAUGAUACUGCAUUCCACUCGCUUUUCAGAACCCUUGACACGGCUCACCAUGAUGAUUUUCAUCAACCUAACUUCCCCGGUGCUGCGAUCACGAAAGGCGGUCCAAGGGAACCUUGGCAUGACAUUCACUCUCGGCUUGAAGGACCGAUCGCUUGGGAUGUUUUGUUUAACUUUGAGCAGCGUUGGAGGAAGCAAGGUGGGAAGGAUUUACUGGUUUCUCUGAGAGAGCUUGAAGAUUCUAUUAUCCCUCCGUCGCCGGUAACGUUUCCCGAUGAUCAAGAGACAUGGAAUGUUCAGUUGUUUAGAUCUAUUGAUGGUGGAGCAGCUUUCGGGUUCCCAGAGACUCCUGAAGAUGCUGCAAGAGCCGGGCUUGUUAGUGGUAAGGACAAUAUCAUUGAUCGCAGCAUUCAAGAUGCUUAUAUUAAUGCUAUUCGACGCGCAAAGAACUUCAUCUAUAUUGAAAAUCAGUAUUUCCUUGGAAGCUCUUUUGCUUGGAGUGGCGAGGAUAUUAAGCCUGAAGACAUCGGUGCUCUGCAUGUAAUCCCAAAGGAACUGUCACUUAAGAUUAUGAGUAAGAUUGAAGCCGAGGAAAAGUUUACAGUGUACGUUGUUGUCCCAAUGUGGCCAGAAGGUGUUCCAGAAAGUGCGUCGGUUCAAGCAAUAUUGGAUUGGCAGAGGAGAACAAUGGAGAUGAUGUACAAGGAUAUCGUUCAAGCACUUAGGGCCAAGGGAAUUGAGGAAGAUCCUCGGAAAUAUUUGACGUUCUUCUGCCUUGGUAAUCGGGAAGUGAAGAAACAAGGAGAAUACCAGCCUUCUGAACAACCAGAACCUGAUUCAGAUUAUGAGAGAGCCCAACAGGCCCGCCGUUUCAUGAUCUAUGUUCAUACCAAGAUGAUGAUAGUUGAUGACGAAUACAUAAUCGUUGGAUCGGCCAACAUCAACCAAAGAUCAAUGGACGGUGCGAGGGACUCUGAGAUAGCAAUGGGAGCGUAUCAGCCCCACCAUUUGGCUACAAGACAGCCGGCACGUGGUCAGGUCCACGGUUUCCGCAUGUCAUUAUGGUACGAGCACCUCGGCAUGCUGCAUGAGUCAUUCCUCCAUCCAGAAAGUGAAGAAUGUAUCACUAAGGUGAACCAGAUUGCUGACAAAUAUUGGGAUCUUUAUUCCAACGAUUCGCUCGAGCACGACCUUCCUGGCCACUUGCUUCGCUAUCCGAUUGGAGUUUCAAGUGAAGGAGAUGUCACAGAGCUGCCAGGAUGUGAAUUCUUCCCCGACACCAAGGCUCGGAUUCUCGGAGGCAAAGCUGAUUACCUCCCUCCUAUCCUCACAACUUAG